AUGGCAACCGUACGAUCUGAGUUAGGUGAUGGGGGAAGAGGGUCCCAGUCACGAAACAGCCAUGAGGAGCCUAGAGAUGAUGCUCACCCGAAUCCCGGUGUGGACCCGAUUCAGGUUGAUCAGGUUGCAAGGGGAACGCUGCCAACUGAGGACCAAGUUGAGGCAGAAAUCCGUCGCACCACUGAAUAUUUGGAGUCCUUAAGACAAGGGCUCGCUGAGGUCAGGCGUAAAGGUAAGCGCCCCCAUGAGAGUCCACCUCGCGAAGCAGACGAACGAGCCCUCAGGAGAAGAGCUGGCUCUCAUUCUAGGCAAGGACACUCACCACCCCGACAUUCGUACACCAGGAGGGAAUACGAAAGGCAGAGCCCUGAAAGAGUGUCGAGGAGGAGGGAAGAGCAUGGGGAUGAUAGACACUCUCAUCAUGCUGACAGCAGACCCCGUGAGAUCAAGCACCGAGAUGAAAAGCCUGUCAAGUACAGUGAUGAGCCAGAUGCGAUGAAGGGCGACCUCAUCUAUGGUGCUCAGCAAAGAGCAAUGAAGGCUCUUGAUGAAAUGACAACUUCCCCUUUUACAAGGGAUAUCAGAAAAAGAGAGGUCCCUAGAAGGCUCGUCAUGCCAACGUUUGAACAGUUCAAUGGCCGAACUGAUCCAGUCGCCCAUUUGGACCAGUUUAUGCGGAAAAUGAUCUUAUGGGAAGGUGAUGAGCCCAUUUUGUGCAAGGUCUUCCCGUCUUCUUUGGGAACGAUGGCAUCGCGGUGGUUUCACCAAUUACCUCCAAACUCAAUUUCGUCGUGGCGUGAGAUGGCCAAACUAUUCAUUAACCGUUUUAUUGCUGGAAGUCGGGAACCAAAAACCCUUAGUACCUUACUUACCAUGAAGCCGAAUAGCGGAGAGGAGAUCUCUGACUAUUUGUCUAGGUACUUAGAGGUAUGCGCGGAGGUUGACGGAUGUGAUGAGCGGACGACUGCCACGUCCUUUAAGAUUGGGCUACCGGAUGGCUGUAAGCUCAAGGAGUCAUUGACCUUAUAUGAGCCUAACACCAUAGCUACCCUACAAGACAGGGUCAGGAGAUAUGCAAAAGUUGAAGUUCCAAAGGCUAAGCGGAUGUCCUCUCCAAAAAAGGAGGAAAAGGGUUCUCGAAAUAGUCGAUCUGUACAAGAUGACAAAAAAUCUUCGAGCCGGGCCGAACACAGUAGGUCGGGGAAGAGUUCGGCCAACGCCGUUGAAUUCAACAUGCCAAUCCAUAAGCUAUUCUACGAGAUCAGGGAUCAACCAUUUAUAGUUCGGCCUCCAAAAAUGUCAGGGGAUCCAGAUCGAAGGGAUAAAAAGAGGUAUUGUGCAUUCCAUAGGGAUGUUGGGCACAUGACAGGAGAGUGUAACAAUCUGCGUGAACACCUUGAGGAGUUAGCCAGACAAGGGAAGCUAGCAAAGUAUGUGAAGAACAAGGCAAAAGAUGGCAAUAAGACUCGGGAUAAUGUCGGGAGAUCUGCUGCAUGCAGGGGGCAAGAUGAUAAUGAUGAACCAAAGGGUACAAUCAAUGUGAUUAUAUUGGAAAGGCAGGGACACGUGGUCUCUGUGAAUAACACGAUUGCUCAAACGAAGAUGGCCGAGGGCCAAGAAGCAAAGAAAAGAAGAACCGGAAUAGACAUAACCUUCUCAGAUAGGGACUUAGCCGGGUUGGACCCAGCACACAAUGAUGCUCUUAAGAUCACUAUAAGGGUAUGUGGUUAUGAUGUUAAACGAGUUCUUAUUGAUCAAGGAAGUGCUGUCAAUAUCAUGUACUACCCAAUGUUUGAGAAAUUGGGAUUGAGUCAGGCCGAUCUCGUUCCAGAAACGGCAUGCUUGGUUGGAUUUAAUGGUAGUCAGGUUUAUCCUUUGGGAAGGAUUCGAACAAGGGUUCGUUUGGGACCAAAGACUCUGGACACGGAGUUCUUGGUUGUACAGGGGAGAACGGCUAAUAACGCCAUUCUAGGAAGACCUUGGCUUCAUGCCAUGGAAGCCGUACCAUCAACUUAUCACCAGACUCUCCGGUUUCCUUAUAACGGCAAUAUGUAUAAUGUGAAGGGAGAUCGGCCAGAAUGGAAUAGUGUGGUAGCUAGUCCCCGAACAACAAAGGAGACUCAUCAGAUAGGCACAUUUGUUGAAGAGACAUUAGUCGAGCCUGAACCGGGACUGGAUCCGGAAAAGAAGUCGAUUGAGCAACUCGAAAAAAUCCAGAUUGACGGGUCAAAUAUUGACAAGUAUUUUCUCAUUGGCAAGAAUUUACCAGCAGCAGAAAGAGAGUCUCUCCUCGGACUGUUAAUGAGAAAUAUUGGAGUCUUUGCUUGGACUCCUCAAGAAAUGCCGGGAGUCGAUCGGAAGGUCGCGAGCCACAGAUUGAACAUCCGACCUGACUCGAAGCCGGUCAUCCAGAAGGCUAGGAGAUCGGCCUUGGCUCAUGCCGAAGCUGUGGUAAAAGAAGUAGAGAAAUUGACUGAAGCAGGAGCCAUACGGGAGGUGGAUUACCCAGAGUGGCUGUCGAAUACAGUGGUGGUUAAGAAAAAGAAUGGAACAUGGCGAGUGUGUGUAGACUUCACGGAUCUUAACAAGUCUUGUCCAAAAGAUUUGUUUCCAUUACCCAAAAUUGACCAGUUGGUGGACUCAACGUCAGGAAGUCAAAGGAUGAGUUUUCUGGAUGCCUAUAGAGGUUACCACCAAAUUCCUAUGAAUGAAGAGGAUGAAGAGAAGACUGCGUUUAUUACUCCGAGAGGCACUUACUGCUAUAAAGUAAUGCCUUUCGGACUAAAAAACGCAGGGGCAACAUAUCAGCGUUUAGUCACGAAGAUGUUCGGAGGAAUGAUCGGACGCACAGUCGAAGUUUACAUUGAUGACAUGGUUGUUAAAACCGCUAGAGAGGAUGACCAUCUCUCAGAUCUCCAAUCUGUAUUUGAUGUCCUGGAUGUAUACAAACUUAAGCUUAAUGCUUCAAAGUGUGCUUUUGGUGUUAGUUCCGGAAAGUUCCUUGGACACCUAGUGACGCGAAGGGGAAUCGAAGCCGAUCCAGACCAAAUUGCAGCCAUCAGAAACUUAAGGAGUCCAAGCUCAGUUAAAGAAGUGCAAAAGUUAACCGGAAUGGCAGCUGCCCUGAAUAGAUUCAUUAGUAAAUCUUCUGACAGAUGCCAUCAUUUUUUUAGAAGUCUGCGUGGUGCAAAGAAGUUUGAAUGGGAUUCAGAGUGUGAAAUGGCACUGGCCGAACUGAAGGAUUACUUACAGUCAGUCCCGCUUUUGUCCACUCCUGUCCCGGGAGAGAAGCUAAGGUUGUAUUUGGCAGUGUCGGAAGUUGCUGUGAGCGCUGUUCUUCUGAGAGUAGAGAGGAAGAUUGAGCAGCCAAUUUAUUAUGUUAGCAAAACUCUCCUUGGCGCUGAAACGAGGUAUACACCAUUGGAGAAGUUGUUGUACUGCUUGGUAAUAGCUUCCAGGAAACUCAAUCAUUAUUUCCAUGAUCACUCCAUAGAAGUUGCUACGGCCUACCCUCUCAGAAGCGUCUUGAGUCGGGCCGACCUCUCUGGAAGAAUUGCUAAAUGGGCAGUAGAACUCGGCCAACAUGAUAUUCAUUUCGUCCCUAGAACAGCUAUCAAGGGCCAAGUCGUAGCCGACUUCAUAGCAGAAUUUUCCAGUCCUCCAGAACAGCCAGUUGAGGAGGUUUGGACAUUGGAAAUUAAUCCUGGAAGUACUUGGGAACUUAUGGUUGACGGCUCAUCAACUAGAAAGGGAAGUGGAGCUGGGGUGGUCCUGACCUCCCCGGAAGGCCUCACCAUUGAGCAGGCCAUUAGGCUGGGGUUCGACGCAACCAAUAAUGAGUCUGAGUAUGAAGCGCUACUAUGUGGUUUACGGAGUGCACUCAAAUUGGGAGCGAAGAGAGUAAAGAUUUCUUCAGACUCGCAGCUGAUAGUUGGUCAGCUCACUGGAGAAUAUGCAGCAAAGACUAAGGCGAUGAUUGCCUACCUGACCGAAGCAAAGAAACUGAUUGAGAAGUUAGAAGAUUUUGAAAUUCAACAGGUUCCAAGAGGGCAAAACAGUCACGCAGACGCUUUGGCAACCUUAGCCUCAGCCGAUCAGGAGAAACUAAGAAGAACUAUCAUAAUUGAUAUUCAAGAGAAACCAAGUGUACCGCCCGAGCAAGUCGAGGUGUCUCAAGCUGAGCUCGGCCCGAGCUGGAUGGAUCCCCUUGUUGGUUUCUUGAAGGAUGGUUCCCUUCCAGAAGACAAAAAAGAAGCUAGAAAAGUCACCAUGAAAUCAUCACAUUUUUGGUUGUCUCCCGAAGAUAAAUUAUACAGAAGGUCAUUUACUGGCCCGUAUUUGCUCUGUGUACAUCCAAAAAAGAAAGAUCAGUUAUUGUAUGAAAUCCAUGAGGGAAGUUGCGGGUCCCACACUGGGGGCAGGUCGAUGGCACAACGGGCAAUCUCACAAGGGUAUUGGUGGCCGCAGAUGCAUGAAGACUCAAAAGCAUAUGCCCGAAGCUGUGAGAAAUGUCAGAAGUUCUCAAACAUACCUCGACAGCCGGCAACAGAGCUUAGUCCCCUGACGAGUCCAUGGCCGUUCUCCCAGUGGGGGCUCGACUUAGUAGGACCUCUACCCAGGGCGACCGGAGACAGAAAAUGGCUUAUAACGGCUACAGAUUAUUUUACCAAGUGGAUAGAAGCCAAGCCACUUGCCAAAAUCACAGAUUCUGAGACAAAGAAGUUUGUAUGGGAGUCAAUUAUCACGAGGUUUGGUAUUCCCUAUGUUCUGGUGUCAGAUAAUGGUACUCAGUUUGAUAGCAAAGCCUUUAGAGACUUUUGUAAUGGCUACGGUAUUCGAAACAAAUAUUCAACCCCGGCGUACCCGCAAGGAAAUGGACAGGCUGAGGCAUCCAAUAAGAUAGUUCUUGAUGGAUUGAAAAAGCGUCUUGAUUCUGCCAAAGGGAGAUGGGUGGAAGAACUCCCAAGUGUAUUGUGGACGCAACGAACUACCCCUCGGAGGUCGACUGGGCAGACUCCUUUCUCCUUAGCUUAUGGAAUGGAAGCCGUCAUUCCCUUAGAGAUUGGCCUACCAUCCAUCAGGACAUUGGCACUUGAGCGAGGCGAGAAUGACAAUGCCUUGGCUGUCAGCUUAGAUCUCUUAGAAGAGAAAAGAGAGCAAGCGGCAUUGAAAUUAGCUUCAUACCAACAUGAGUUGGCAAAGGUACAUGAUAGAAAGGUGAGGGCAAGGAAUUUUCAUCCAGGAGAUCUUGUUCUCAGGAAAGUGUUGGGCAGCACCAAGAAUCCCCAGGAUGGAAAAUUGGGGGCAAAUUGGGAAGGCCCGUACAAGAUAGUUUCCAUUAGUGGACCUGGAGCAUACAAGAUCGAAGAUUUGGUAGGCAAGACAGUCCAGAGGCCUUGGAAUGCUGUAAACCUUAGGAAAUUUUAUGCUUAG